UUUCCUCCUGCUCUAUCAGUAGCAGCACUGAACAUCAGAGUUAGAAGAGUUUGCAACAUCAAAGACCAUAAAAACCACCACCCCACCACUACCCAUUUUCUGGAGGGAAAAGUUGAGGCCUAAAGAGGAGCAGGGGUUUGCCCAGAGUCAGACGAUGCCUCCAAGGGUGGAGAGGGGUCUUGUCUUCUGCCUACCAGCUGGGUUCCUGGAGGCAAGGAGAUGCACCCUGGCACCCCAGCCACCUCAGGGCUCCCUGAACCCGCACCCCAGGAGCUGUGUGCCUUUGUGAGCGGGGUGGCUGCCCGAAUCUUGAGGACCCUACAACCCCGGAAGGCUCGGCCCCCCCGGAGAAAGCCCAACCACCGGAGAUUCCUCUACAACCAGCUGUGCAGGAAUUUUGCCGAUAUCGAGGAAGCCACCCAACACGUGGCCCUGACCUUCCUGUCCCAAGCGGGCCCAGGCCCCCAGCCCAAGCCCCGGCUCCAGCGGCCUCCCUCCCCCUUCCUCGGGGUGGCCCAGGCCCUGGCUGCCCCAGAGAGUGCUGGGCCAGGGCUGGCCUUGAGUCCCAGGGCUCUCCAGAGCCCGACACAUGAGCUCUUUGACAUCAUCCCUUUGAAUCCCAGGCUGCAAAUCCCUGGCCCUUCCCUUCUUCCUCCAGUUACUGAAGAUCUCUCCGUGCCUGCCCAGGUGCCCCCUGCCUCCUCCCUGUCUGUCCAGGCUCCCCACCUCCCCCCAAUGACCUUCGGCCCCACGGAGCUGUCCAACAAUACUAUAGAGACCCUGUACCAGGAGCCGGGUCAGCGCCUUCCCUACGAAGCCAUGGCCCUGGCCCCCUUGUCCCCCCAUGCCCUGGGGGUCUUGGAGGGGACCCUGGCUGCAGGGAUGUGCUGGGCUGCUGAGACAGAGCCGUCCCGGCCCUGCGGGGGCCCGGGGCUGGGGACCGUCUGCCCGCUGGACGCCCCUCCUGGCUCCCUCUGUCCCUGA